AUGCGCUGUGAAAAAUGCCGAACCAAGGCCUUGAAGAUCGCUGCAGCUGCACACGGUGUGAGCAAAGUGUCGAUCCAAGGAGCAGACAAAGAUCAUAUUGAGGUGAUUGGAGAUGGGGUUGACUCUGUUUGCUUGACCAGUUUGUUAAGGAAGAAGCUUGGCUUCGCCACCAUUGUCAAAGUUGAGGAAGUGAAAGAAGCUAAAGCUGAUAAGAAAGAGGAAAAGCCAACCGGUCCUCCAUGCUGUGUUCAAUAUUGUCCUCCAGGCUGUGUUCACUAUUGUCCUCCAGUGUACUAUGAACUGGUUCAUGAAUAUCCAGAACCAGUCCAAUGCUCUAUCAUGUAA